AUGGAGUGUGCAGGGAUGGAGGAGCAGGAGGGGGCUACAGAGGAAGAGAAAAGAGAGGGAAUAGAGGAGAACAGGUCAAAGGAGUACAAAUAGAAGACACUGGGAAGGAAUCAUGGAAUCUUUCCUCUCAGUUUUUCAUUUGUGACCCGAAAGACCUAAAACAAGAGAAAGAUGUGGUGUUAAAAUGAAAAGAUCAAAAUUUGUCAUUUUUUCCAUCUGCUUUCCAUUAUUCCUCAUCAAUUCCAGUGCUUCGCCUCCGCAGCAACUCUCAACCUCAUUCUACAGCAUGAUCCCCUGAAUCUUUUGUUUUUCCUUCUCUUUGUCAGCACGUACUAUCAUUCAUGUUGCUUCCUUCCAUCCAUCUCUUUUCUUUCCUCCCCUCUCUCUCUCUCUUUCUCUCUGCUCUCUCUCCCUCUACGGGUUCUUCAAGACAGUGCCUCUCUGCUGCUCUACAUCACAGCUACUGUUUCCCACUCUCCUCUCCUCCACUCUGCUUCGCUCCUCUUCUCUUUGCUUCUCUCCACUCAUUCAGACCGCAUGCUCCCUGUCAUCUCUGGCACUGUUGGGUCUGCGUGGCCAGUGGAAGUGGACCCGGACACCCUGUAUGGUCUGAAGGUGUUUUCCCGUUCCUGUGGAUCUGUGGGGAGGGGAGGGAGGGCAGGGAGGGGGUGCAGGUGAAGGGCACCGUGUCGGGGGGAAACAGGUUGUGCGGCUUUGCGGCAGGGGCUAAGGAGGGUCAUGCUUCAUGAGUUAAGAGGAUUUCGGACAGAGACCACUCGUGCAUCGCAGCCCCAAUGUGGGGCCCUUUUCCGGAUGGCGGGAACGUCCGGCCGGGAGCGAUGAACCAGCUGGAUGCUCCUCGGCCACUCAACUGGACCAUACGGAAACUGUGCCAUGCAGCCUUCCUUCCUUCCGUGCGCCUGCUUAAGGCACAGAAAUCAUGGAUAGAAAGAGCUUUCAGCAAGAGAGAAUGUGUGCACAUUAUUGUAAGCACCAAAGACCCCCAUAGGUGCUGUUGUGGCCGACUAAUUGGUCAACAUGUUGGCCUGCCCCCCAGCAUCUCAUCCAAUCAGAAUGAGAAGUCAGACCGUGUGCCAAAGAAUGACAGCUUGUCAGAGAAGUGGUCCAUCAGCAAGCACACCCAGCUCAGUCCCACUGAUGCCUUUGGAACCAUUGAGUUCCAGGGAGGUGGACACUCCAACAAAGCAAUGUAUGUACGAGUGUCUUAUGACACUAAGCCAGAUUUACUGCUGCAUCUGAUGACGAAGGAGUGGCAGUUGGAGCUUCCCAAGCUUCUCAUCUCUGUUCAUGGAGGACUUCAGAACUUCGAGCUGCAGCCCAAACUCAAGCAGGUCUUUGGCAAGGGUCUAAUAAAGGCUGCCAUGACCACUGGGGCCUGGAUCUUCACUGGAGGAGUUAACACUGGUGUCAUCAGGCAUGUUGGUGAUGCUUUAAAAGACCACGCUUCCAAAUCGAGGGGGAAGAUCUGCACUAUCGGCAUUGCCCCCUGGGGGAUUGUGGAGAACCAGGAAGACCUGGUGGGCAAAGAUGUGGUCCGGCCGUACCAGACGAUGUCUAACCCUCUUAGUAAGCUAACGGUACUCAACAGCCUACACUCCCACUUCAUUUUGGCUGAUAAUGGCACCACCGGAAAGUAUGGAGCAGAAGUCAAACUGCGCAGACAGCUAGAGAAACACAUCUCUCUGCAAAAGAUCAACACGCGGAUCGGACAGGGUGUUCCAGUGGUGGCUCUGAUAGUGGAGGGGGGUCCAAAUGUGAUCUCUAUCGUACUGGAGUACCUGAGAGACACUCCACCAGUGCCUGUGGUGGUGUGUGACGGCAGCGGUCGUGCCUCUGACAUCCUGGCCUUUGGGCACAAGUACUCAGAGGAAGGCGGAAUCAUAAACGAAUCUCUGAGAGACCAGUUAUUAGUCACCAUUCAGAAGACGUUUACAUACAGUCGGACGCAGGCCCAGCAUCUUUUCAUCAUUCUGAUGGAGUGCAUGAAGAAGAAAGAACUGAUAACAGUGUUUCGGAUGGGAUCAGAGGGACACCAGGACAUUGAUCUGGCUAUUCUAACAGCUCUUCUGAAAGGGGCCAAUGCAUCAGCUCCAGAUCAACUGAGCCUGGCUUUGGCCUGGAACAGAGUUGACAUCGCUCGGAGCCAGAUCUUCAUUUAUGGACAGCAGUGGCCUGUGGGCUCUCUAGAGCAGUCUAUGCUGGACGCACUGGUGCUGGACAGAGUGGACUUUGUGAAGCUGUUGAUUGAGAAUGGAGUGAGCAUGCACCGUUUCCUGACGCUGUCCAGACUUGAAGAGCUCUAUAAUACGAGGCAUGGUCCAUCCAACACCUUGUACCACCUUGUCAGAGAUGUGAAAAAGCAAGAAUAUCCAGGGUUCAGUUGGAUCUACCUCAAGGGUAACCUGCCCCCUGACUACCGCAUCAGCCUGAUUGACAUCGGAUUGGUAAUUGAAUACCUCAUGGGUGGAGCCUACCGCUGCAAUUACACCAGGAAGAGAUUUCGGACCCUCUAUCACAACCUUUUUGGACCCAAAAGACCAAAAGCCCUGAAGCUGCUUGGAAUGGAGGAUGACAUGCCCAUUAGGCGAGGACGUCAAAAGACCACACGGAAGCGAGAAGAGGAAGUAGACAUUGACCUGGAUGACCCAGAAAUCAAUCACUUCCCUUUCCCGUUCCAUGAGCUGAUGGUUUGGGCAGUGCUUAUGAAACGGCAGAAGAUGGCCCUGUUCUUCUGGCAGCAUGGCGAGGAGGCCAUGGCUAAAGCACUGGUUGCCUGUAAGCUCUGUAAGGCAAUGGCCCACGAAGCGUCAGAGAACGACAUGGUAGAUGACAUUUCACAGGAACUCAAUCAGAACUCAAGGGAGUUUGGUCAGCUGGCUGUUGAGCUGCUCGAUCAGUCCUAUAAGCAGGAUGAACAGAUGGCCAUGAAGCUGUUGACCUACGAGCUGAAGAACUGGAGUAAUGCCACCUGUCUGCAGCUGGCAGUGGCUGCCAAGCACAGGGACUUCAUCGCCCACACCUGUAGCCAGAUGCUUCUCACUGACAUGUGGAUGGGACGUCUGCGCAUGCGCAAGAACUCUGGCCUGAAGGUUAUCUUGGGCCUACUUCUCCCCCCUUCCAUAUUGAGUCUUGAGUUUAAAAAUAAGGACGAGAUGUCAUAUAUGCCUCAGGACCAGGACACCUACCUGCAGGAGAAGGAUGUGGAUGAACCUGAGAAGCAAGCUAAGGAGAAAGAGGAGGAGGACAUGGAGUUCACAGUAAGAUCUUACUGUGAGACGCAGUACAACUCCGUGGCCAUGCUGGGAAAUGUCAGUUCAGAAGCGUCACGUAAGAAACAGGUGCAGGAGGUUCAGAACCGCCAUCGGCUGAUUCCACUGGGUCGCAAAAUUUACGAGUUUUACAACGCCCCUAUCGUCAAGUUCUGGUUUCACACGUUAGCCUAUGUAGGAUACUUGAUGCUCUUCAACUAUAUUGUGCUAGUGAAGAUGGACCUGUGGCCCUCUCCUCAGGAGUGGAUUGUCAUUGCCUACAUCUUCACCAAUGGCAUUGAGAAGAUGAGAGAGAUCCUCAUGUCAGAGCCAGGGAAGCUCCUGCAGAAAGUGAAAGUGUGGUUACAGGAGUACUGGAACGUCACUGACCUCAUGGCCAUCCUCAUCUUCUCCAUUGGGAUGGUGCUCCGCCUACAAGACCCGCCCCUGAUGAGCUAUGGGAGGGUCAUUUACUGUGUCAAUAUCAUUUAUUGGUACAUACGACUGCUUGACAUCUUCGGGGUGAACAAAUACCUGGGUCCAUACGUCAUGAUGAUCGGCAAGAUGAUGAUUGACAUGAUGUAUUUUGUUAUCAUCAUGUUGGUGGUGCUUAUGAGUUUCGGGGUGGCACGGCAGGCAAUCCUCAAUCCCAAUGAGGACCCAUCCUGGAUGCUGGCACGCAACAUCUUCUUCAUGCCAUACUGGAUGAUCUAUGGAGAGGUGUUUGCUGACCAAAUCGACCAUCUGAAUAGUAGGAAGCUACAGCACAAAGUGAAUGACAAACUCUGGCUGGUUGAAAAUUACAUUCGCACUCAAGGACCUGGGCGUAACAGUGGUCCAUCCCAUAUAGCUCCAUGUGGUCAGAACAUCACUACAGAAGAAGGAGUCAUCGUGACUCUCCCACCCUGCAAAACCGGAGCUUGGAUUGUCCCAGCCAUCAUGGCCUGCUACUUGCUGGUGGCCAACAUCCUUCUGGUUAAUUUGCUCAUUGCUGUCUUUAAUAACACAUUCUUUGAAGUGAAGUCCAUCUCCAACCAGGUAUGGAAGUUCCAGAGGUACCAGCUAAUCAUGACCUUCCAUGAACGUCCUGUCCUUCCUCCUCCGCUCAUCAUCUUUAGUCACAUAACUAUGGUCCUCAAACACCUCUGCUGUCGCUGGAGGAAGCAUGAUGAGGAUGAGCGGGACUAUGGGCUGAAGCUCUUCAUUACUGAAGAUGAACUGAAGAAGGUACAUGACUUUGAAGAGCAGUGCAUGGAGGAGUAUUUCAGGGAGAAAGAUGACCGCUUCAAUUCCUCCAAUGACGAGAGGAUACGUGUGACAUCUGAAAGGGUAGAGAACAUGGCGAUGCGUCUGGAGGAGGUAAAUGAGAGGGAACAUUUCAUGAAAGCGUCCCUGCAGACUGUGGACAUCCGGCUCGCUCAGAUGGAGGAGAUGAUCGGCCGCAUUGCUGUGGCACUGGAACGGGUUGCUGUUAUGGAUCGAGGCGAAGUCAACAAAGCCCGGUCCAGGACAUCAUCUGACUGCACAGAUACAAAUUACAUCCUGCGCCAGAGCAGUUUCAACAGCCAAGAAGGCAAUUCCUACAGGCUACAGGAGUCUCUGGAGCAGGGUGGCGAGGAGUCCAUUUCCCCUACAUCUCCAACCGCUCUGGCCCCACGUGUCCGCAGUCACUCCUUCUAUGUGAGCCACUCUUCCAAAGAUAGGAGCGGAGCAGAUCGGGGAGAAGGCUUCUUUAAAGAUAGACUGUUCAGCCUCCAUCGGGCCAACAGCUCGCAGUCUGUGUCCUCGGGAGCAGGUCCCAAAGAGUCUAAGCCCACACCUUUGAAUACUUUAUCUGUGCAGCAGCAACUUCGCCCUUCUUCCUGCAUAGACAUCUAUGUUUCUGCCUCAGAGGACGUCCCGCCUACUGAGAGCUUCUUGGAGCCAGUCCGGACAGUUCCAUCUCUUGCUCGAGACUCAUCUCUCCAUUCUGAGAUCAUGGAGGCGAUGCUCUCAGGGGGGCGGGACUGCAGUGGAAGGGCAGGGGGCAGCGAAAGACAGUCGGACGGUACGGUCCUGUAUGAGGACAGCGCCGCCGCUGACCUAUCACUCUGCUCUGCCCACCUGCUGCCAGAUACCUUGCCCCCCUGGGACCUGGACCCCUCGCCGCCACCAUCAGCUGGCGUUCUGGAGCGGUCCAAGAGCAGUCGCUUCCUAUCCACAGCGGGGCCUCUGUUUCUGGAUGAGUCGCCUUUGGUUAAGUCGCACAGCCUGAUGUUCACGUCACGUGGUUACUAUGGUGGCAUGGGCGUGCAGGUGAAGGCAGCUGAAUAUACCAGCAUCACAGAUUGCAUUGACACCCGUUGCGUCUCUACCCCUUACCCUGUCCCGGAGCGGUCUGACUCGCCUGGAGGCUCUUUCACAUUCGAUAAGCCCCAGGACCUGGGCGUCUCACACCCUGAGAGAGACGCCGAGCUCAGUCACGCCGAGUCUGAUCCAGAGGAACCAGCAGAGGGGUCGGCAGACACAGGUAAGGGGGGUCAAAGUAGCAGUAGCGGUGGAAUAGGCACAGACCUGGGCCUGGGCCUUGCGGUGGGCCCAUUUUGCUCACCAAUCUCUAGACUAGAACGAGCAAACAGCUGCUCCUCCUCGGAGGAGUCGCACUCCAACAUCUACUCCCGAAAGAGCUUCUCCAUAAGUGAGAGAAUGGACAAGGGCCGUGGAAGCUCAAGGAAUCCUUUCCAGAAGGCUAGAGCCGGGGCAAGACUGGAGGGUAAGACAGACUCGCUGUCCAUGAGGAAACUGGCCAAACCCUCGGCGUUCCGAAGUUUUGACAGCAGACACAAUUUCACGUGAUGAUGGCAGACCAGUAGUGAUGGCAUUGUAGAUCUAGUUCCUUUAGGAUGGCUCUACCUCGUUUAAAAUCCAAGGGCCAGUCCGUUAAUUAGUACUGUCUGAUUGAGUAAUUAGCUGUACACUGGAAUGUUUUAUAAUGGGUAUCAACUUCCUGUUCAUUUCCUUUUAUAACACUGCAAUGCAAAGUCAGAUUUUCUUUAGAGCUCGUACAUUCAGAACUUGACCACUGCCAUUAGGCUAACAUUAGUUCCAGUUCCCUUAAACUCGAAAGUGCUCUGAAAGUGCUAGGGGGGAUAUAUUUUUGAGAUUAAAGGCCUAUUAACACCAAGACGACUGUUUGGUGCGAAAAUUUGGUGCAAUAAACAUUUUCAUUCGAAUAAACGGCUGCUAAUGCAGAUUUUUAUUUUUGGAGGGGUCUUCUAAUAUACUUUUUAUUGCAUUGUGAAGAAAACUAGCCAACCAAUAAGAUUGUGCUUUUAGUUACAGAUCGCUCAGAUCCUCUGCUGUUAAAAAAAAAUGGUAAAUUAAUGACAACAGUAAAUAGCAGAGACUGGAACUAGAACUGGCUCUCUGGUCUUUGUUUCUCUUGUAUUUAGUCUUGUGUGAUGAACAUCACAGUGAAUACAAAAAUCUGAAUUUCUGUUUGAAAGCGUGUAAAUACUGCUUGACUUCCUUUUUUCUCUCUGCAUGGCAAGUGAGUCAGAAACUGAAAGUUGCGGUGCACUUUGUGUACCGAGUGUUUCUUCAUUGCGACUAUCUGAGAGUGAUUUUGCAUUUUGAAUGAUCAGACAUCAGCCUGUCUGAUAUGGUUUUUUUUUUUCCACUUUAGUGUGAACAGACAAAUCGCAUGUGCAAAUCAGACUGAAUUUUUGUGCCGAACAUUCAUGUUGGUGUGAACAGGCCUUAACUAAACUUUGCAAUGCAACUUACUGUUUUAGCUUAGAUGGGUCACCCUUGUCACAGCAUGAAUCAUGUUCUCUCUCCAUAGACUUGAGAAUAUCCUACAGGGCUGGUAGGGUGGUGGUUUCAUUCCAAAACAACUGAAACUUGAAAUGGAAACAAGUUUAGGACAAACAUUUAAUGCUAAAGUUUGUUGUGUACACAAAGAUUUUUAACACUAAUGUUCUGUCAUUUCAAACCCACACACCAGAUUAGUCGAACAUACACAUACUUUAUCUUCCAUAAGAUGUUGAAUGUAGAAUAUAAUUAGUUUUAUUACAAAAAGAUUAACCUUCUUGGGCCCUUGAUUUAUUUUUAGGCCCUUAUUGGGUAUAUACAACUGCAUUCAAAAAGCUUACAGUGGUUAGUAACGUUAUAUGAGGUGUCUGAAUACAGCAUAAGGUUGUGCAGAAUUUAUCAAAUAAAUUAAACAGAUAAUAUCACUUUUAAAGCACUAAAUGAUCAUGUUUUGUAUUUUGUAGUCUGUAUUGUUUCAAAUAUAUCACAACAGGGUGUCCAUUUGAAGCUAUUUAAAUAAGAUUAACCAGUUGAACUCUACACUAACAGCAUGUUUGGUAUGGAAUGCUAGUAUACUGCUUAGCGCACUGUAUAUACUGUAUACUGCAUACUAUUUAGUAUGUGGAAAAGUAAACAGUAUAUUAUGAUAAAUGUUUUAAACAGUAGUAUGCUACAUUGUUGUCAUCUAACAUGACUAUAUUGCAAGUUUAAUUUGGAAAAAUUUUGUAAAGAUGUAAAUUAUGGUUUGUUUUUUGGAUAAUACACUGCAAAUGAAAAGUCAAGCACAUUGUAUUGUCGGCUGCAGUAUUCCUACACAGUGUGUUCAGAUUGAUAAAUGCACAUGUAGCAGAUCAUCUAAGUAUUUUCAUUCAUAUGUACUGCUGUGAUUAAAAAAAUAAAUAAAUAGUAGUAUGAUAGUAUGCCAUUCCAAACAUACUUUUAGACUGUUGCAAGUGUUAAAAUGCACAGAGAACCUUUCCAAAAAGAAUUUAAAAGCAAAAAGUCUGAUUGUCUUUAUAUAAGUGUGUUAUUUUACACAGAACAGGUACUAUAUGUUGACUUGCUAUGCAAGAUGCCACAGAGAAUCGGUUGGUCAGUAAGAAGUGUUAUGCACUUUAAAGCAGGAGUUAUUAUCAUUAUGCACACCAGUCUCAUCACUAAUCAACCGGAUGGAGUUAAUAUGCUGGAAGGACAUAAUGAAGAGUAAAUAAUAAUAUCUUCUCUUUUUUUUUUUUUUCAGCAAGUUAUAUGCCUUGGCAGUUUUUUUCCUAUUUUAUGGUUAACGAGUAUAUAUAUAUAUAUGUUUGGGUUUUUGUUUAUAAUGAAAAAAUAUAAUUUUACUGCCUUGAUUUAUAAUAGUGGGCAUUCAGAAGGAUAAGGAGUUCUGGACAGAUAAAUCAAUCAGUCACUAGAACAUUUACUGCUCUACAAGACACUGUUUUAAAUUGCUGUUUAACUUAAAUCAAAUGAAACGGUGCAGUUUAAAGCAAUACAGAAAUGUGAUUUGUAUCUCUGGCGUAAAUCCUAUUCAGUAUAGUCACUUUUUAGUAAAUGAAUUACUCCACCUAUUCCAUUUCCACUCAUUGGAUGUGUUUUAUUUGCCUUACUGAUGUGCAAUACUGCUAAGAGAUUUGAAAACAUUACUACAGUCACAGUGUUCUGAGAUGUAAAUGUACAUUUGGUAUUAGAGCUUGUAUGUGUACCAAAAACAUAAAACACUAAAAGACAUUAUUUUUUUGUGCAUAGCAGUAAUUCUAAUCACUGUGGUUUUCAAAUAACCAAUGAUUUUAAAAUCAAUAUUAGUAUGACAUUCAAUAUGUUUAUCAGAUUUGCUUCAUUUUAAAUGAUUUCAAACAUUGUUUCUUAUUUGGGCCUGCUGUCCUUCACAAGGAAGGCGUCAACACUUCUACAAGGCGAUUAUACUGCAAAGAGCCUUAAAACGGAGGUAAAACGAAUGCGCGAACAAUACACAGGCCCUUAAAACAUGUCCAUGCUGUAUUAUUUAGGCUAAUGUCAUUUAAAAAGCCCUCUUGUUGGACUGGUUCCAGCAAAAGAAGACAGAGAGGGCUUUUGAUGUAAGUUACUGAAUGGAAGUUUAUCUCACUAUCCUCUGCUUCACUCUCUUGUUUGGGAUAGAAGAGUGAGCAUAUUUAUGACACUUGUUUUUUCCACAUGUAAAUGUUGUGUAUAUGAUAUGUAAAUCUUUCUGUGGGUGUAAAAAAAAUUAGUUUAAUAUAAUAGGAUUUUAAGAGAACGUUUCUGUGUCUGAUAGAAGACAUUACACUAUGACAACCUACCCAGUGUGCCAAAUGACAUGAUGACUUAUAACUUUAUGUACAGUAUUUUCUUAAUAUUUUCCUAUACUGUAGCAUAAAAGGUUGUGAAUUGUAUACCACUUUUAGUCAAGUUUCUCCCCCGCCACUUCUUUUUAAACUUAUUGGUGAGCACUUCUCUGCUAACAAGUCCAAGCACAUGUUUUCUGCAAUAAUGCUGUAGUUUGAACGGAAAGGUCUCAGUUUACUUAGUGUCUUUAAAAUGCAUGUUGUUCUUCCAAAAGAUACGAGCUGAGUGAAAGAUGAGAAAACAGAGAGCAGGGAUUCCAGGACUCUUGUCCUGCAGUAGAAGGCUAAGUAUUUGGAUGCAAAUACAAAUGUGUAUACUGUAUUCCUCAAUGUGAAUAAGAUGUUUGGCAUGUAUUAACAAAUAAAAGAAUAUAUAUAAUUCAAAA